AUGUUUGCGGAAGUGACCUUUACCGCUUUACCAGCGGCGAGUAAACAGACGUCCAGGAUGUCGUAAGGCGCUAAAUCCUAGCUUUAAAUUGCAAAUGUCAAAACUAUUUGCCGCAGUAGAUAGGGGCGUUGUGGAUAAUUUAUUGACGUAGACCGUGAUUGGAAGCAUCAUAGCGCACAUUCAAAGCUUUCAUAAUGGCAGCGGUGUGGCUGCUAAAUGUGCUAGCAUGUCUGCGGUGUUAGACUAGCAUGCUAAGCUAAGUGCUAGUCCAGGCUAACGGAGAAGGAGCGAGCCUCUCCGGACAUGGCAGCUGGGACACGCGCCGCGUCUGGCGGUUCUCUGGAGGCCACCCUGGAAAGGAAGUUUCAAAAUGUCACAAACACGAUGGAUUCAAUUCAGGGACUAUCUGUGUGGUGCAUCGACAACAAGAAGUACCACAGCUUGAUUGUACGACACUGGAUGAAGUGUUUGAAGAAAUCCAAUGCUUCACACAGACUCAACCUGUUUUACCUGGCCAACGAUGUCAUUCAGAACUGCAAAAGGAAAAAUGCCAUCGUCUAUCGUACGGCAUUCGCUGAAGUGCUUCCAGACGCAUUCUUGCUGGUCAACCAUGAUGGGGACCGCAAGGUGAUUACGUCUUUGGAAAGGAUCCUGUCCAUCUGGGAGGAACGGGGGGUGUAUUCAGGGACGCUCAUUUCUAAUCUUAGGACUACCUUAGCUAAAGAGGAGUCCCCGCCUGAGACACCCGUGGAGCAAAAAACUCCAGUUGAAUCUAAAGCAGAUCUACGGUCUAAGAUUGUUGCUGAGUUUGUGCCUCAGGCACUAAUAGACCAACUGUCCAAGUACAUGAAAUCUGUGGAGGAGGUGGAAUUCAGAGAGAAACAGUUGACAGCUAUGAGGGUUGACAUCUGCAGUUCUGAGGCCCUCAAGAAACUGAAAGAUAAGGCUGGGGGGAAGAAGUUUUCCAGGGACUUUGAGGAAGGAAGUGCACAGCUGCAGGAGUUUGUGAAAUUUCUUGAAAAGCAAAGCAAAGUAGGUCCUGCUGCCCUGCAGGCCCUCACAAAUGCAGAUAUCUUCUAUGAAAUGCAGUACAAGGAGGUCAAGAUUGUUGCUAAUGCCUACCAAACCUUUGCUAAUCGGGUGUCACACCUGAAGCGUAAGCUGGACAGCCUGAAGGCCACGUUGCCAGACCUGGACGAGUCACCCAUCCCCUCACCCUCUGCAGACGCUCCAUCUCCUACAGGCUCUGAAUCCCCUUUUCGCGGUCUGGAUUUGACCCACCCCAAUCUAGACCUUGACGGCUAUGCAAUAGAUGACGAGGCAGAGCCACCAGCUCCAAGCCCUUUGUCCUCAGUGGGGGGAUCCCCUAGACCUGCAGAGACUGUGGGUGACAAUGACAAUCGUGAGGUGGAAGACAUGGAGCUCUCCGAGGAAGAAGCUGACAAUUGCGGAAUUAUAGUUGAGGCACAGAAUAAAAGUGCCACCCGCCAAGAGGAGUCUGCUCAAGUUCCUACAGCUAAGGAGUCAGUAGCAGCGACACAGUCCCUUAAACAGGUCACGGCCCCUGUAGCCGCUACGGCAGCAGCUGUGCCAAGUGUUGACCUCAAUAGAAUUGGUUCCAUCCUCAACAAUUUAAGUUCAGCCAUGAAGAAUGCAGGUGCAGAAGUGGAGAGUCCUCCUGCAGCAGCCCCUACUGGCUCCUCAGUGAAAACGAAACCAGCUGCCUCUGUAGCCUCUCAGGACACUGGCUCACUGGCAAACCUCCUUUCCACGGUGGACAUGAGUCCAGCAGAGCUACUGGGUGCUCUGUCUAAGGUCCAGAACCAAAGCAGCUUUGAGGGCAUCACUUCUUUUCUAAACAGCUCGACUGCUGUUGUUUCAUCAGACUCCUCCACAACAGGCAAGAUUCCUUCAUCUUCCUCAUCCACAACUGUCUCAGCAGGACCCUCUCAGAGCUCUUCUGGAUCCUCUGCACCUAUGCCUUCUUCAUACAGCCCAGCUUUAAGGCAGGGCUCAAGUGCACAAGCUCCCCUUCAAAAAUCCAACCCAGCCUCUGCCUUGGUCCAGGCUCUACACAGAGACAUGGAUUUAACAACCGAGCCAGAACCAUCCAUAUCUUUAGAGUCUAAAAUCCACAGCUUCCUUCAUGGGAACCCUGCUUUCAAUACAUUUGAUCUGGGUUUCCCUUCAAACCCAGUGCUUGUUGGGGAUAACUUUAGUCCAGCUACUGGAACAGACAACCAGGAUGGCACACCGGUGCGAGAUGAGGGGGGAGGCACACCAACUCAAGAUGAAAUUAUGGACAAACCUGCACUUGUCCCAUUGACUUCCAGCACAAAGCAACUAUCACUUGGAGAAAGUGGUCAAACGGCUUCUUUUACACAACAGAGCAGUACUCUGCAGAACCCCAGCAAUCCUCCACAGCAGGCUCAUCUGCAGCCAGGUGUGGCUCAGAACGGGCAGGUCUAUCAGUCGCACCCUUAUGGCAUACAGGAGAUGCCAGAGCACGGAAUUACUGCACCUGUUGCACAUUACCGGCAGAUAUCUUCACAAAUGGGUGGGCCAGUGCCUGGAGAAAGGGCCCCAGGCGGUGCCAUGAGUGAAAGGGGUUGGUAUAGUGACAUUUACCCAGAAAGCAGCUCUCAGCAACCUCCAGGCUACGCUGUGACAGCACCUGGGGGAGCUGGGAAAAAUGCAGCAGUAGGACCUUAUCCAUACCAAACAGAACAAACUCAGGAAUCUCAAGGGUUAAGCUCCCAGCAGGUCACAGCCCCAUCGUCUGCUUUCUUCAGAAAUAACCUCCCUCCUGUCCCAAACUUACCUCCCCCUCCUCGCGGCUUUGAAGCCCCACCUGUGAGUAGCAGUACAAUGAUGCCCCCAGAGCAGCCGCCGAUGCCUUGUGCAAACGCAGCGGAGGCGACUGGCUCCAGAGUCGACAGUGUCAUCAGUGGGAUGGUGGUGCACGACCAUCAACACAAGUCCGUUUUCCAUCAAGACGAUGAACUGUUUCAGUUUGAGCGAACGAGACCUCGUCACCCUGAGAGUCUACACCCUCACCCAGAAGACUUCAGCUACCUACAGGAGCGGGAGCAGUACCACAAUGAGCUCCACCAUCAUGAGGCCCCAUUCUUUCAAGACAACCCCUACCAUCACCCAGACGAGCUGUAUCACAGGCCAGGCAGCCCUCCACACCUUUACCCCAGAGGUCGAGGACGUCUCACUCCCCCACUGUCACCCUCAGAGGACCCUUACUUCUCCCACGCUCAUAAUCAGUACAGCCCCCCUCCUCAUCCUCACUAUGCUCCAAGAAGACCACCACCACCUCAUAUGGAGAUGCGUCCGCCCGGCCUGCGUCCUCCACAUCGACCUCCCCACCCAUCCCACCUUCCACAUCCCAGAGGACCCCCGCGUGCACCCUUUCCACGUAUGUAUGGCCCCGACCCAAGGUUAAGAGGCAAACGUCCCGGUCCCCCGAGGGGAGGGGGUAAUGUUUAUCCAAUGUUUCCCCCAAAAAGACCCUUUCUACCCCCGCGGUACUGACCGGCUAAGAAGAUCACUGUGAAUGCCAUAAUGGCAGAGACAUAACUAAUUGGAGAUAAUCACCUGCCAGGAGACGCACGUGGGAGUCUAUAAUGGGUGGAACACGAGCAGAUACUGAGAUGGGCAUCAAACAGUUACACUGAAGAAGAAUUCAUUCAGCAUCUACAAGGAAAAAGGGCAAACGGCGCCGAAUAGCAGAACAAGAGACAGGUCCAAGAUAUCUGAAAGAAAAAGGAGGCUCUGAGAGGGCUGCUGAGCUGAAGAGUGAAGACAGAAGACUAAAGGAGAUAAGAGGUGGAUAUAUAUAAUUCACUUUUUGUGUUAUUUUGCCCCAGUAUGAAACAUUGAAUACAUAAUAUCACUUUGUGAUAGGCCAGAGCGUGUGCAUGGUAUGAGUGUGUGCAUGCAGAUAAGUUGAAGUCGACUAGUCCCAGGCCGUUCCUGUUUUUUUUACAAGUUCAACCUAAAAAUAGUUAUUUGUGAAACGUCUAAGACAAGAAUGUAGCUGGUGCAAUGUUUCUGCUGUUAAUUAGUUUUUUAGUGAGCAGUGAUGACUUCUUCUCUUCCAUAUGAGCAGUAUCCCAGUAGCUUUUGCUAUAACAUCUAUUAAACUGCGAGACUGAAACCGAACAGAAUGUGUUGAAGAAUUUUUGCCCCCUUUACAAUUAGGAGAUUUGGGGAAUUUAUUUUUUCUUAUUUGAACUUCGAAUAAUAUAUUCCUGGAGCAUUGAAUUCUCUACAAAUGCGUAGGAUCUCUUCGGCGACAAUUUUUUCGUCUCGUUAAGUUCCUUGGGAGACCUGCACAAAUCUAGUCAGGAAGGGAGAGGUGGCAGUUAUUGUUUUUUCAGCCUCCAACGCCGACACAGAUGAAGUGCAUCUUUGGAGGGAAUGGCGAUUUUCGUCCUCAGUUUCCUUUUAAUUGUACUGACUAAUAAAAAUCUGAGUUUGAAAA